AUGGAACGUGCUACGGGAACAGAAGUGUACGGGUGUGGCUCGCCCCAUUCUACGGACAUAACGCUAAAUAUACAGACGACAACUGGUGGUAAUUUCUCUGUCAGCAUGAACGGUAAAAAUACAGUAGAGCACCUCAAAAAGUUGGUUUCAAAAAAACUUAAAGUGUCGAAGGAUCGAAUAUGUCUUCUGCAUCGCGAAAGACAACUGAGAGACGGCACUCUAGAAGAGAAUGGUUUACUUGACGGUUCGCGUGUCAUCCUGCUGCCGAGCGUCGAGACGGGUCUCCUGAGUCAGAGACCAGAAAAUUCAGUAAUGCAAGCAUUAGAAUCACUUAAUGACACACAAGUUAAUGACUUUUUGAGUGGAAAAUCACCACUAAAUCUGACCAUGAGAUUAGGUGAUCAUAUGAUGCUGAUUCAGCUUCAGUUGUCUACAUUAAAUUCGGGGUCCUCUAGCAGCACACGAUCAUUAAGGACAUCUACUCCUACUAAAACUACCAAUUCAAUGAGUACAAAGUAUGAUCACAUUGAGUCUCCCAAUCCCCAAAGUACCUCUGAGAAACUUAAAAGUGAUGGAUCAACUUUAGACUGUGAUAAAAUUAAAGUGGAAACACCAACACCAAUGAUACAAAAACAAGAUUUAGAAAUGCUACAAAAUGCUUUUGACUUAUAUCGCUCUAUGGCUGAAGAAAAAUAUGCUCACAAAAGUGAGCCUGCUAAAGAUGAAAUUAUGGAUACCACAAAUUGUACAAUGUCAGAUCUAUCUGAUACAUCCUUGGAAAAUGAACAGUCCCCUAUUAAAUCUCUUUCUAAUUUAGUGUCUAGUCCUUUGGAUGCAUCAGUCUCUGAGAGUAGAGAAUUAUCAAUUGCAAAUUCUGUCAAAAGUAGUUUAAUUGAUCUGUUAUCAAACAGUAAGCUUUCUAAUGAAGUAGCACCAUCAACAAGUGCAAUGUGUGAUAAGCCUUAUACAUCAGCAUCAUCUCAUACACCUGAGAGUUCUCUCAGCGAUGACAGCGACAAUUUUACAGACCAAAGCUCAUUCUUAGCUGAAAGCACAAUAGAUGAAUAUCCAAUGGAAAAUUUAUUUAAUAGUGCAAUAGACAAAGGUUUAUUUGAGGAACAAGAUGAAUCAAUGAUGGAUAGAGAGAUUUCAAAUUUGGCUACAACCAGCCAUGGAAGUCAAGAUUCAUCAAAUGGUGCUUUACCAUCUUUUCAAAGUUUAAGUGAGCCAUUGAAAAACAAACGUUUUCAGUAUCUUCUACACAAAACUUCUAAGUUCAAGCAUCCUAUUGGACAAAACAAACAAAAGGCAUUUAUGCAGUCUGUGGUUAAUAAGCAUAAAAAAAGAAUGCAAAUGCGACAAGAAAUACAACCACAACCAUUUACCUCUAGAACUGAACCUUAUAUAAUGAGUGUUAAGAAAUCUGUACCUAUUACUGAUCACACUGUGAUCACUGAAGAUAUAGCAACACCCUCUACAUCUAAAGUAGUCUCUUUCAAAGCACCAGAUGCUCCCAAAAAACCUCAAAGAGCAUCUCCUACUCCACCAGUGGACACAAAGGCUCUUAUAGAAGCUUCAAAGAACUUAACACAAAAAUUGAAGAGAUUGUCAAAGGAGGUGUUGACAAACAAGCUAGAUCUCAGAAUGGCUGAAGAGUCUGUUCGAUCAAAAAUUGGUCCUGGAGCUGUGAUAGAGUCCAUGAAACAUCAUGGUAAAGGAAUAUAUUCUGGUACUUUCUCAGGAACUCUUAAUCCCGCAUUACAAGAUAGAUAUGGCCGACCGAAGAGGGAUAUAUCAACUAUUAUACACAUAUUGAAUGACUUAUUGUGUGCAUCACCUCCUAUUUUGACACAGAAGGAUACCAAACACAUCUGCUCUCUGGGUAUAGCUGAUGAAACUAACAAAUGUACCUGCAAUCAACCUUCUUGCUCUUAUGGACAGUGUGAUGGCCAUACACCUUCUACAUCAGGAGUUGUGGCCAAAAAUUGUUCUUGUGAAAUCAAGGACUGUCAGUGUAUUCGUCUAGAUCCUAAUCUAUGUCCUUCAUGUGCGGGUAAAUCAUUAUCAGGCGAAAUAUGUAAGAAAUGUGAUACAGCAAAGACUUUAGCACUGGAAAAUUCAAAAACUAAGUGUAAAUUGGAACAGCUAAGGCUUGUUAUGCAGCAGAAGAAACAAAGACGGGAAGCAAGAAAAUUAAAGACACUACCUUAUACAAGUACACCACCAAAAGGUAUAGGGUCCCCUGACCCAGCAACACCAAUACAAGAAGAGAUAGAGACUGUUGCUUAA